AUGAAAAACCUAACAGAAUUGACAGAAUUGAGCAUAAAAAACCUAAAAUCCAAAAACAGAAUUUUUAAGGAUGGUGUUGCAGGUAAAACACCAAAAGCUAUAGGGGUGAUUUUUAAGGAUGAAAAUAGGAAACAGCAUGAGAAAUUGAACAUCUCAGUGGUCCUUGACAACCCUUUUGUUGGGAAAGGAAUGGUAGAUAAUUCAAUGAACACGGUUUUUGUUCCUUCUAAUAGGCCCGUUUAUCAUUCACUCAUUGAAAUUGUUGGUAUCACUAAGAAGGGUUUAGUCAGUCUAAUAGCAGCAUUCACUGUCAUCAUGAUAUCAUAUUAUGUGAAGAACAAGCGAGAUGUACCGGUCGAAGCAUUCAAGGGAGACUUUGUCUUGUCAAAAGUUGCAAGUGCUUGGUCAGUAGGUGAGCUCAAGUUGAACAGCACCAAUGUGGAUGAAAACCCUAGCGUUACCUUCAACUACUUCAGUCAUCCAUAUGAUCUUCAACGCUGCGUCGAGGGGAUCACAUUGGCAAUUAAAGUAGUCCAGUCAAAACACUUCACAAACUACACAUAA